UAUGGAUUCAUAAUUUCUAAAAUAAGUGAGAUAAUACAAAUUGAGGAAAAUGCUAGGUCAGGGAUCUUUUGCAACUGUGUUUUUAGGAGAAAAUCCAAAGAAUGAAUUUUAUGCAAUAAAAGAGAUCAAACUUGAAGUGGAUGACGGAUCUGAAGAUGUGCAAAAAUUACAUUAAUAUUUUGAAUAAGAAAUAGAGAUUUAUUUAAAAACAAAGCAUGCUAAUUUGGUGAGCAUGAUAGAGGAAUUUACUCUAGGCCAAUUUCGCUAUUGUGUAUUCGAGUAUUGUGCCAAAGGUGAUUUAAAUAACUUCUGGAGAAAAAAUAUACUAAAUGAAUAGGAAGCCAAAACGAUAUUCACUUAAAUUUUAGCUGGAAUGAAAUAUCUAGCUGAAUAAUCUAUUGUACAUAGAGAUUUGAAAUUGGAUAAUAUAUUGAUAGAUGAAAAAAACACAAUAAAAAUAGCUGAUUUUGGGUUUGCCAAAUACUAUAAUUAAGAUGAUGUUUUCGUUUCUUAUUGUGGAACUCCAGCAACAAUGGCACCAGAAAUAUUAAAGUAUUUAUUAUGAUUAAGAUUUAUAGUAAAUAGAAUUACGAUUUUAAAUGUGACAUUUGGUCUUUGGGAGUGAUCCUAUACUAACUUAUUUUUAAGAAAUAUCAUUGGAAGGGAAAUGUUCGAGGCAUAGCUGAUUUACAGAAGUAACUCUAAUAAUUCAAAGUAAAAAUUGUUUAUUAAUUAAUCUUAAGGUUGAAUUUGAUAAUUCAGUGAAAUUAUCAGAUGAAGGAAAGGAUAUAAUUAGUAGAAUGUUAGUGAGUGAUAAAGAGAAACGAAUUAAUUAUCAGGAAUUAUUCGCUCAUCCUUGGUUGGAAGGAAAACUAGAUGAAUCCUAAAAUUUGUUGGAGUCACAGUGUCUCAUCAAAUAGAAAUUGACAUCAAGAUAGCCAGGAUAGAUAAUUGGCCAUAUUAUAAAAUAAUAAAGGAAGGUGAAGGCAAACUUCUUUUAAAUACUUGACCAAUGUAUAAAGGAUUGUAAGAAGGAAGAGGUGAAGGAAAAAUUUAAAAGUCUUCGAAAGUAACUAAAUGAAGAAAGAUUUCAUGUAAGAUCAAUAUCAAUUAAUUUAAGAUUACAAUAAUUAGUAAUGAUUUGAUAGAUAGACCUGAAUUCAAGGUCUUUGAUUAUACAAAUGAAUUGUAUGAAUUUUUAAGCAACCUUUAUUGUCAAUAUGAAUUCAAUUAUAGAGAGACUGCAUAAAAAGAAUUUGAAUUAGUUUAAUUCCUAAAGGAAAAUCCAUUGUCUAAUAGUAUCACUUUCGAAAUUGAUGGAUUAAAUACACUAGAGUAGAUUAAUAUGGUGAGAAAUUCUAUUGUAGAAGAGGAUAUAAAUGACUUUGAAGACCCUUAAAAUUGGUAGGUAGAUACCUUAGAGAUUGAUGUAUGUAAGAGAGAAGUCAUUGACCUUGUGAUUUGUGAUAGAUUCGAACUGAGCAAGCUAGAUCAGUUGUAUUCCAAUAAUGUUAGUAAGUUUAAUAAUAUAUUAAAUAAAAAUUGA